GUUUUUUGUACAUUUGUGGCUUCUGUUUCGAAAACUGAAAACAAAGAAAUAGGCUAUCUGCAAUUUGUGAGAGGGUGGUGCGAUGGCGGGGCAGGUCAAGAAGGUGGCCCCGGACGGGGGCUGGGGCUGGAUGGUAGUGCUUGCCAUAUCCAUCAACAAUCUUAUAACAAUCCCGAUUCUACAAAACUUUGGAUUGCUGUACAGAGAUGUGUUUAGCUCUUCAGCAUUAAACAUGAGAGAUGCUAGCAUCAUCAUUAACACAAACUCUGCAUUUGGAUAUGUUCUUGGGGUGCUGAAUGGGCCGAUUCUUCGCAACCUCGGGUUCAGGAAGGUGGCUGUGACUGGAGGUUUGAUGAUGUUUGUGGGUCUGUUCGUCACAAGCUUUGCUAAAAGCUUUGUUCUUCUCUUUCUCUUCUACGGACUUAUAAACUCAUUGGGUAUCGGUUGGUCAAUGGCAUCGUUUCACCUGGCCCUGUCCACCUACUUUGUCAAGCGGAGAGGUAUGGCUAUGGGCAUCGCCAUGACUAUCACUGGCCUAGGACCUGUGGUCAUGCCUCUCGUCAUCAGUCUACUCAUGGAGAACUACGGAGCUCGAGGUGCGACUCUGCUGCUCUCUGGGCUAGUGCUGCAUUGUGUCGUCUGCGGACUGCUGCUGCAGCCAGUCAAGUGGCAUCGCAAAACUUUGACAGAAGAAGAAAAGAUAACUAAAGAGGCUGAAUCAAUGCUGAAAGAAUCUACUGACUCUGAUGCAAGAAGAAACAGUCAGACGUUUGUGGAGAUAGAUAUUGUACGGAAUGGAGAAGUGAAGGAGAUCGAGAUGAAGGAUUUCUCUGCUCCAACUGAGCAAAAGGAAAAUCUUCUAGAGGAGAAACGUGAAGAGAAAGUGGAGAAGAAAAAUGAUGAAGGAGAGCGUUGGUACCAGUUUGUGGCCCGGCAGCUAGACCUGGACCUAUUGCGUGAUCCUGCGUUCCUGUCCAUGUGUGUGGGUAUGUCUGUAGCUCUAGCGUCUGACAUGAGCUUCUCGCUACUACUGCCUUUCAUCCUGAGAGACUUUGACUACGACAUCAACACCACGGCCCAGCUUCAGUCUGUGGUGGGCGCUGCUGACUUAUUGUCCAGGUUCAUCACUCCGUUCAUCUUGAGUAAGGUUGGACUCUCGGCACGGAUUGCCUACUUGCUGAGCCUUAUUGGACUCAUCUGCAGCAGGUUUUGUUUGACGCUGACUUCAGAGUUGUACAGAGUGUGUGUAGUGGUUGCACUGUUUGGAGCAUCUAAGGGGGUGAGGUCAGUGUUCAUGCCACUGGUCAUCCCCAACUACGUCCCUCUAGACAAGCUACCCUCAGCUCAGGGGCUACAAAACGUCAUGCACGGACUGUUCCUCAUGAUGCUGGGACCUGUCAUAGGUUAUGUGAGAGACAAGACUGGAAACUACACUCUGUGCAUCCACAUCAUGAACAGUCUCACAGCACUGACUAUACUUCUGUGGACUGUAGAGUUUGUGUACAUGAGGUCCAAGAACAAGAAGAACACAUUCAAGGAUGUCGCCGACAUGGAAAGAUAGUCCAUAUUAAUUAUUAUGAGAAUAUUAAUUUCUAUGCAAAAAUGUGCUUAACUGAAUUGCAGAUACUCAUUAAGUACUCUUUAUGUACACUGGAGUAUCAGCAUAAGCUGGACACGUCCUAUGCUUAUGGAAAGUAUUAGAAUAGAUAAAAUUGUGGUUUAAGAUAGUUCCUUGAAUAAGGGUUUGAAAGUAAAGGUUUGAAUUGGAGUAAAUCACAGUUCUUGUGAUAGUUUAGGUCAAAGUAAAGAGACCUGGACAUACAUUUUUCAAUGGCAACUAAACAGCCUUAUAUUACUUAGAACUUUUUAUAUCCUAAAACCAAUUGUUUCUGGAGCUGAGUUGUUCAAUAUCUCUUAUGGGUUUACUAAAAAUCUUACAUCUUCCACCAAUGUUCAUAAAAAUACAAUCAAACGUCAGUUUAACUUGUCUGCGAGAUGUAUUAAAAAUGUAAAAUGUAGUUAUAACAAGAUUUUUUUUAUUUCAGAGAGUUUAUAGUUGUUGAGUUCAGGUUAAUGUCUUUUGUGAUUUUAACCAUAUCAGCUAUUUUUUUACCUAAAACUUCAACCAAUUUAUCAAAAAAUUAAAUAAGACUUAAUGCUUUUGAUAAUUGGAAUACUUACUUAGGAAGUACUGGAUAAUCAAGUGGUUAUAGAGCUUGCCUAGCAACAAAAGGUUGCCAAUUCGAUCCUGAGAUACUUAAGUAGCAUUUGAUGGUUCGAAACUGUGCCUAGCUGUCCACGAUUGUCGGCUUCUUUUAAAUUAUCCUGGUCAAAAAAAAGGUGAUCUGGGUCAGCAACAAAACUACACAGAUCAUCCCAAACCAUUGUACACCCACUCUGCUGAUAUGGGUCAGCAACAACACUACACAGAUCGUCCGAAACCAUUGUACACCCCUCUGCUGAUCUGGGUCAGCAACAAAACUACACAGAUCAUCCCAAACCGUUGUACACCCACUCUGCUGAUCUGGGUCAGUAACAAAACUACACAGAUCAUCCCAAACCAUUGUACAGCCACUCUGCUGAUCUGGGUCAGCAACAAACCACACAGAUCAUCCCAAACCAUUGUACACCCACUCUGCUGAUCUGGGUCAGCAACAAAACUACACAGAUCAUCUCAAACCAUUGUACAGCCACUCUGCUGAUCUGGGUCAGCAAAACAAAACCACACAGAUCAUCCCAAACCAUUGUACACCCACUCUGCUGAUCUGGGUCGGCAACAAAACUACACAGAUCAUCCCAAACCAUUGUACACCCACUCAGCUGAUCUGGGUCAGCAACAAAACCACACAGAUCAUCCCAAACCAUUGUACACCCACUCUGCUGAUCUGGGUCAGCAACAAAACUACACAGAUCAUCCCAAACCAUUGUACACCCACUCUGCUGAUCUGGGUCAGCAACAAAACUACACAGAUCAUCUCAAACCAUUGUACAGCCACUCUGCUGAUCUGGGUCAGCAAAACAAAACCACACAGAUCAUCCCAAACCAUUGUACACCCACUCUGCUGAUCUGGGUCGGCAACAAAACUACACAGAUCAUCCCAAACCAUUGUACACCCACUCAGCUGAUCUGGGUCAGCAACAAAACCACACAGAUCAUCCCAAACCAUUGUACACCCACUCUGCUGAUCUGGGUCAGCAACAAAACUACACAGAUCAUCCCAAACCAUUGUACACCCACUCUGCUGAUCUGGGUCAGCAACAAAACUACACAGAUCAUCCCAAACCAUUGUACACCCACUCUGCUGAUCUGGGUC